AUGAUCCGCCUGGCACUUAGCAAGUCUGAGCUUGCUAGGGAACAAGAGAAACGAAGAACUCUAGAACUAGAGAUUCAACUAGAACACCUUCGCGCCGCUGCGGCCCCUACUGCUGCUGACAAUACCUCUACUACUGCCAAUCCCCCCAUGGCUCUGCCAACUAGGGCCUGGAAUGCCGAGAUUGGUACUGUAUUUGAACAUGCUUACGACCCGGAUAGUGAUGUUGGCAAGGCAAUUGCUCCAUUCAAAGGGGACACAAAUGGCAUUAAUAAACCAAACAUGCUCACUGGCACAGCCAACUACUUGACCUGGAAGCCCUCAAUGAGGUCUAGAAUAGUGGAUGCCCAGUGCUGGGUCCUAAUAGAGAAGGAGCAAACUCAGAGUCCAUCUGACAAUUCUCAAUGGAAACUCUUCCAGGAAGCAAAGAACUGA